AUGACAGAUUGUAAUUCACAUACCUAUCUCAUCCCAAUCAUGGAAAUAUAUAAACAAGGAGCAGAAUCAAAAAUAUUCACUACAAUGUACUCAGAUCGAAAGGCUAUUAUUAAAGAACGAUUUUCAAGACAAUAUAGAAACAACUUAUUGGAUUUAAAUAUACGAAAAGAACGCACUAAAGCUGAAGUUAAAGCUAUUUUAAAAUGUAAACUGGGUGGUAUUGCCACUCCUGUUAUAUAUUCUUUGGAUUUAAAUGGCUACAAAAUAAUAAUGGAAUAUAUAAGUGGUCAAACGGUUAAUGAAUAUCUAACUAAUAUGAAAGAUAACAAACUAGAUGACAAUGGCAACUUGAAAAAAGUACUCAUGAAUAUUGGAGCUAUUAUAGGAAAAAUGCAUUCUCUUGGAGUAUUUCAUGGCGAUCUAACAACUUCUAACAUCAUAAAAAAAGAUGAUGAUACAUUGGUGUUGAUUGAUUUUGGCCUUAGCCAUUUUAAUCCAAGUGUUGAAGACAAGGCUGUGGAUUUAUAUGUUUUAGAAAGAGCAUUUGUCAGUACACAUUCAUACUUUACAGACUUAUUUGCAGUUAUUAUUGAUGGUUAUAAAAUUGCUUAUGAGUUAGAUGUUCAAGUUGUUCUCAAUCAAUUUCAAAAUGUUCGAGGUAGAGGUCGCAAACGACUAAUGAUUGGAUAGUUUUUUUUUUUUUGUGUAUUUUAUACCUAAAAUAAAAAUUAUUUUAUCGUACUUAUUGUUCUGAUUUUAAUAUGAUUAUAAUAUCCUAUCCUAAUUUAAUAU